GGUAAUUCCCCUUAUCAUUAUGAUUGUAUGAUAGUAAACAACAGUCCAGAAUUAUAUAAACGAGUUGGAUUUCUAAAGAAGCUCAAUUUGUUUGCUGAAAUCGUUCUAGGAAGUCGGAAAGAUGGUUGUCAGUUCGUCGCUUGUAGCCCUUCUUAUUUCUGUGGUUACUAUCUCCUUUCCUGCAGUAGUUGCAGCUGAUUCCUCAGAGGAAGUAACUUAUCCAAUCUGUGCUGUGAAAUGUGCUGUAACUGGUUCGCCAGUCUGUGGUGAACGAGAUGGCGAUUAUAAAUUAUUUAUAAAUGGAUGUGCAAAGAUGAGUCAUUACUGCAAUACUGGGGAAACGUGGGAAGAGACUGAUAUCACUAAGUGUGUUGCCGCUGGGUGCCCGAUUUCUUGUUCGAAAUAUGAUGACGACAUAUGUGCAACGAAUGGAUCCGUAUAUAAGCAUUUCUCUAAUCAAUGUGACUAUCUUCGAUUUGUGUGCAAGAAGCCCAAAGAAGCAUGGACUCGUGUCACAGAAUGCCAUCCCUAGGUUGGGCGGAGUUAUGUACAUCUGUACGUAGGUAUUUUCAAAACAUUUUAAAAGAAAUAUAAUCGGAAAGUUUCUAAUAAAAUAUGUGUUUUUUAAUU